GAAGCAUGUUUUAAAGGUUGCAUCUGGAACUAUUGUAAAGUGCUGUUUCGUUCGCUAAGUGACUUACGCAGGAGGUCCAGACCAUGAGUGACACGAGUGACAGUGAGGGGAGCAGCCAUCCCAGUGAGGCAGAGGAGCAGACUGCGGAGGAGAAGGCCAUUGCAGCUCUGGCGCCCUUUGCUGGUGUGGAGGAGGAAGGGCAGACACAGUUCUCCAGUAGCCCCGCCUUCGAGUGCUUAGACCAGUUGCUUGCUGCUGGAAAAAUCAGUAAGGCCAGAGCCGCAGAGCUGAAGGCCAGUUUCACCCUGCUCCUCGACACCCUGAAGAGCUCGCAGCAGUCUGAGAUCCAGCUGCUGCAGGAGGGCCGGCGGCUGGCGGUGGAGCUGGACCGGCAGCAGCGGGAGCUGGAGAAGGCCGAGCGUUUCCCAGAGGGCACCGACACCGAGGUGGGCAAGAUGCGGCUGAAGCUGCUGCACUUCCAGAACAGCAUCCGCGAGGCCGAGGAGAAGGAGUACCAGCUGCAGUUCCAGCUGGAGUGUUUACAGGGAGAAAAAGAUGUUCUGCAGAAGGAAUAUGAGACGCAGCCUAAACCAGUUGAGAUGGAGAAGAAGGCCAAGGCGCUGAAGGACCGCUGUGAGGAGCUGAGGAAGGAGAUCGCCCAGAGGAGGAUGGAGACCAAGAGCCUGGGGGAGGACAGCGACAUGCGGCAGAAGCAGCUGGAGAGAGAGCAGCGCGAGCUGGACGACAAGAACCAGAUCAUCCACAUCCACGAGGCAGAACUGGCAGCGCUUCUCUCUGUGCCGGGACACCUGGGGAAGGAGAGUGACAGGAUAAAGCGAAAGAGGACGGACGUCGAGAAGAAGAUGGCCGAGCUGGACCAGCAGCUGGCGGAGAUUUCCGACCUGAACAAGAAGGCGGAGGCGAGGAAGGAGGCGCUGGAGGAGGAGCGCAAGGAGGUGCAGAGUGAGCUGGAGGCGCGGCGGGUGGAGCUGGAGGUGGCCGAGCGGGAGCACAACAGGCUGCUGAAGGAGAAGGACAGCAUCAAGGAGAAGGAGGCCAUCAUGAUGGGACAGAGUGGCAUGCUGGACAUCAACAUCAGCCACAUCACCGUGGAGAGGAAGACCCUCCAGGACAGCCUGGCCAGGAAUCAGAAGGAGAGAGAGCGACAGACGCAGAGCAUGAAGACCAUGGAGCUGAAGCUGAAGCUGGCCACCGACGCGCUGACAGACACCCAGCUUCACUACAACAAGCUGAAGGCCCAGAUGGAAGCUUUGCCUCAGGGAGAUGAAGUGUUACAGAGAAGAAAUGAGCUACAGAAAGAGGUUGAAUACUUGAGACGGAAUUUAAUGCAACAGCAAGCUCUGACGGAGGCGGAGACCCGGGUGGUGGAGCAGUGUCUGGAGCAGGAGCAGGAGCUGUUGAGGGAGUCUCAUCGCUGCAGGGAGGAGCUGCGUCAUGACACCUGCCUCGCCCAGAUCAAAGCGGACGAGAAAGAGCAGAAAUCCCACGAGCUCCUCAUCGCCGAGCAAAGAUUGGGCCGCAUCAAGGAGGAGCUGAAGGGCAAAAGCCUCGUGAUUCUGGAUUACAAGAAGGAAAACCAGGAAGUUCAAGCAAGGCUGACUGUGUUCGCCAAGCUGUACGAAGGCAUAAAGGCGGAGAGGAGCAAAUGUGUCAACCUCAUCCAGCUGGCCACGCAGAGGGCGUCCGAAAUGAGGGAGGAGUUCGAGAUUCUGGAGAACGAGAUCGAGAUUCUGCGCACUUCUGCCAUCAAUAAAGACAAGCUGCUGCAGAAGUCCCGUCUGAAGCGCGUGCACAGCGAGUGCAUCCGCGACACGCUGAAGAAGGACAUGUCCAAGAUGAACCACACCCUGCAGGAGAUGCGCGACAAGCGGGCCGAGCAGAACCUCAACAUCGGCAAGCUCACCAACAUGAUCAACAUGUACGAGGAGAACCUGCUGCAGCUGCGAAAGAGCUACGAGCGCGCCGUGCAGAGCCGCAACGACCGGGGGGUGCAGCUGCUGGAGCGGGAGAACGAGAUGUGCAUCUUCUACGAGAAGGUGAACGUGCAGGAGGGCAUGAUCCAGGAAGGGAACAUGGAGAUCCACACCAUGGAGGAGGAGGUCAAGCUGCUGAAGAUGCUGAUCUCCGAGGAGAAGAGGGAGAUCGAGCUGGCGCGCAAACUCAUGCCCAUCAAGAGAGCCCUGGAGGGAGAGAUCAACACGCUGCAGAAACAGCUGUCCGACUGUAAGGACCGCAGGCUGGAGCUGGAGAAGGCUGUGGAGGACCAGCAGAGCCGCUCGCGCAGGCUGGAGGGCAAAGACCAGCCCCCCGAGGAGCUCAUCAAGAAGAUUGAACAGUUGGAGGAGGGUCUGGCAGAGAGGGAGGCGAAGCUUCUGGAGAAGGAGCUGGUGUACGACCAGGUGACCCAGCUCUCCGAACGCAUCCGCGCCAAGGCUGAGAAUGGCAAGAAGGACACCCUGGAGCUGGCCAAGAAAGUGGGCGAAAUCCAGAAUCAGAUCGAGGAGACCACCAGGAAGAUGAUGUCGGUGGUGUCGGAGCUCUCCAUGGAGCAGGCCAAAGCCAUGACGCUGCAGCAGGAGGUGCAGGAGAAGGAGGCCACCCUGGACUCGUGCCAGCGGCGGCUGGAGCAGGGCAUGCCGCCCUCCGAGGACAUGGAGCUGGAGUGGCAGCGGACCCUGACGAACGAGCAGCGGCAGCAGGCCGAUGCUCAGGAAAGGGCCAGGCGGGCUGAGGAGCAGGAGAAGAGCCAGCUGCCGGGUGGAGGGGUGACCACAGCCGAAGCGAGACCCAACGCCUACAUCCCGGAGGAGGAUAACCUGCCCAUCCCCCGGCCCUACGGAGCCCUCGCCCCCUUCAAACCCAGCGAGCUGGGGACCAACCUGCGGCACAUCCGCAAACCCCAGCCCAAACCCAUCGAGAUCUGACCCCGCAGCUGCCCCCGGGGCCAGCCGGUCACAGACAAUGACACUGCCACAGCGCAGCUCAUUAAAAACAGGUACAUCCUCACUCUUCUGCAACCUGUGGUUUUUUUCCUCAUGCCACCAGCUCCAGGGCACCAGAGGUUCUUUUAUAUCUUCCGAGAUGGACGGAAGUCCUGUGCCUUGAAUCUGAACCGAAACUCCACGCACAGCAUCCGUCAGAUCUCACUCCUG